GAGAGAGAGAAGAGAGGAGAUGGUAGAUUGGCAGUCUUUGCUUGUGUGUAGGGAGCGGUCAAUAUCUCACGCUGCUGCAGACUGCGAGCAUCUUCAAGAAAUACGGGCGUUUCGAGGCAAAAAUUCAUGACUUGCGAGAACAGAUGAUGAACCACAGCAUAAGUUCCGGAUCCGGAUCCCUCAGAACCAAUCAGAAACGUUCACUCUAUGUCAGGGCUCUGUUUGACUAUGAAAGAGCGAAGGACAGCGGUCUGCCCAGUCAGGGCCUGAGUUUCCGAUAUGGAGACAUCCUCCACGUCAUCAACGCUUCGGACGAUGAGUGGUGGCAGGCCAGGAGAGUAACGCCUGAAGGGGACAGUGAAGAGAUGGGCGUCAUCCCCAGCAAGAAGAGGGUGGAGAGAAAAGAGAGAGCUCGUCUAAAGACAGUCAAAUUCAACGCAAAGCCUGGUAGCCUUGACUCUAAAGGGUCAUUCAGUGAAAAGCGUAGAAAGAUUUUCAUCUUUACACGCAAGUUUCCUUUCUACAAGAACAAGGACGCCGAUGAGCAAGACGGCAGCGACUCGGAACGGAGUCAAGAGGAGUUCAUACUCUCCUACGAACCCGUCAUUAGACUAGAGAUUCAUUAUGCCAGGCCGGUUAUAAUCCUGGGACCCAUGAAGGACAGAAUCAACGAUGACCUUAUCUCCGAGUUCCCAGACAAGUUUGGGUCGUGCGUGCCACAUACUACAAGACCAAAGCGGGAUUAUGAAGUGGACGGGAGAGAUUAUCACUUCAUGAGUUCACGAGAGCAGAUGGAGAAAGACAUCCAAGAGCACAAGUUCAUCGAGGCCGGACAGUACAAUGACAAUCUGUAUGGAACCAGCGUCCAGUCUGUGAAAUAUGUGGCUGAGCGGGGCAAGCACUGCAUACUUGACGUGUCUGGGAAUGCCAUAAAACGACUACAAGUAGCACAACUCUACCCAAUUGCCAUCUUUAUAAAGCCUAGAUCCAUUGAGACCUUAAUGGAGAUGAAUAAGAGGUUGACGGAGGAACAGGCCAAAAAGACAUACGACCGUGCCAUGAAACUAGAACAGGAGUUUGGCGAGUACUUCACAGCGCUGGUUCAAGGGGAUACACUAGAGGACAUUUAUAGCCAGUGUAAGAUGGUGAUAGAGGAACAGUCUGGCCCUUACAUCUGGAUUCCCUCGAAAGAAAAACUAUAAAAUAAAAUAAAAAAUCACCUUACCCUGGCAGGGAUCUUGGACUGCAAAAAAAACAUAGGAAUAAUUUGUAACAUAAUAUAAAUUAUUAUUAUUAUGCCAGUGUUUAUUGUUAACUCUUACAGUGAUUUUUUUUUUUUCCAUUUGUUUGUUUUGUUUAUUUUUCGUUGCAUUUUUCACUGUCAAUAUGAAUGUUCCUGAAUGUACACCACAAAGUGUUAGAAACAUUUUUUGGUCUCAACAAAAAAGUGGACUCUUUGUUUAUUUGUAUAUUUAUGGGUUAGCAUUUUAAUUUAAGGAAAAAAUUAAACACAAAUUAGUGCUGAGUAUUUUUCCUCACACAAACUAUGGGUUGGGAUUUCUAAACAGAAGGACAAAGUAGGCCAGAUUAUCACGGUUCAGUUUUCCACCACCAUCAUCACCACCAAGAAGAAAAUCAAACUUUCCACCCAAUCUGUUGGUUCCACCCAUUUAACUUACUCGGCAUCUAUGCACUCCUGUGGUAAACAAAACAUAUUGAUUGUGUUAUUAUUUUGUAUUUGUAUUAUUUUUAAAUUUUUUGUACAGACAUCCAUUUUAUUUGUAUGUUACUUUGAUGAUCUAGAUCCAAUUGUACAUGCUUCUAAGGGAUCUGUUGAGAAAAAGAUUCUUGUUAUUAUAAGAUGCUUUACUCAGAGUAAACGGCUAAGGGGAUUCAACAAGCUAUAGGAAAAUGACACUUUAUUUUGAUAUAUUGAUAAAGGACACCGCGCCACAGAAAAUGUUUACAAAGAUGAUAUAUAACUUUGUCUAAAAAUAAUUUUGGAAGAGAUUUUACUAGUGUAUCAUAUUGCGUUGUUGACGCUGUUCUGUUGGUGGGAAUGAUCGUGUGGACCCUGGACAUCAAAGCGGGUGAGGUGUAGUGAGUGCAUGUAUUCCCUGAACAAAAACGCCCCCAUUCUUCCCUCCAAUUACGGAAUCAGCUCAUUCUAAACUUAUAGAGAUUUUUAUAAUUCUUGGAACUUAGAAUUUAAUAAUUGGUAGAGAAUUUUACAGUUUGAGUCUUUCAAGUCUGGAUAACAGGAAAGAUCUUGUACACCCUCCAGCCUUCAUCAAGCACCCUCUUAAAUGUUUACAGUAAAGUUCCCUUUACCUCAACUACAGUUACGAGAGAAAAGAAGGGACUUGGGGAUAAGGUCUGCAAAACUGUCAUCCGGUCUUAAAGGGAUAGUUCACCCAAAAAUGCAAAUGUUUUCAUUAUUUACUCACUCUCAUGUUGUUCCAAACUCUAAUGACUUACUUGCUUCCUUAGAACACAAAAACAGAUUAUAGGCAGAAUUUUAGCCUCAGUCAGUAUUCACUUUCAUUGCAUUUAUUUCAAUACAAUGACACAGAAUGGUGUCUGACACCAAAAAAUCUGCCAAACAUCUACAUUUGUUUUCCACCGUUGAAAGAAAGUUAUACAGGUUUGGAUUAAAUAAUACCAGCAUUUUCAUUUUGGGCAGAAUUAUCACCUUUAAAGUCUAGUAGCUUAUAUGUCGAAUAAAAAUCUCAGAUUCAUUUUAUUUUGUUCUAUUUUUAAUUUUAGAAUGUUUUCUCAUGUCGAAAUGAUCUUGGCUUCCCGUCCACGCAUUCACAUUGCAUACUUCUGUAAUCCAUGUUCCUUCCAUAUAUAUUUGAGAGAUACGUGUCCUCUUUCAUAAAUAGUAAAUAUCUUGCCAUUUGUGGAAACUUCAAAUGCCAAAAGCCAUUAACUCUGCUCACUCGUUGAAAAUGCGGGGGAAAUUAUUUGUUGCAAUAUUUAUUGGGAGAUGUUACAGAGUGGUUUUGUGGCAAGAGUCUUUUGACCUACUGGUCACCACUUGCCUUAAAAAAGGUGAGAGGCUUUUAUGGCCAGAUAGACCUUUUUUACGCUUUCUUAAAGAACAGCACUUUUGUAUAUUUGAGAAAUGAUUCACACAUUGUGUUCAACCAGAUGGUUGACACAGAGAGGGAUUUUCAGACUAGAAAGACUGAAUAUCACAUUGAGCUCAUCAUGGUGUAAUAUGGAACUUCUUUGAAUAACAAUAGAUAAUGUAUAUGUUAUUAUGACAAUGUAAACCAUGGAUGACAUCAGUGACUAUCAGAAUCUAUUCAUCAUUUUUAAAUGCUGUGAAACGAUCAAUUUUUUUUUGUCUACACAUGCAGAGUUUUUGUUUUUCAUAUUCAGUGUGAUUGUUCUAUCAUCUAAAGCAUAUCAUUUUGUUUUAUAAUUUCAUUACACACAAUUUUUGACACCAUGAAAGGCUCUUGCAAGAUUUUGGUACCCUUUCUGUCCAAAUAGUUGCAUUUAAAUCUAUUAGUAUUAUUAUCUGGUAAUCCAUAUAUUUCACUGAUUGCAAAGAGCAUCCGAAAUGAUGCAGUAGAUAUAAAAAUAACCCUGCAGAUUGUGUGCACUUAAAGGAGGCUCUCUGCAGCCUUAUGGCGCUCAUAGUCUGAUUUGGUCCAUUAAUACCAAGUGAAUGUUCAGCUUAGUCAAACCUGGCUGAAACGGUUUGUUUUUGUCUCAGGUUGCCAGAUAGGACUUAAUCACAGAUGUUAAACCUUCGGAUCAGAGCGCACCUGUUUAUCACACAGAUCUCAGUUGUUUUUUCCCCCCAAUAAUUGCAUUGCAGUUGUUCCUUUGUUCUGGAGUGUCCGACAAGUUUCGUUUGUGAUUUAUUUAUCCCCCAAAGGGCAAUGCAAAUUAUUUGCCAAUCAUUAUUUAUUUAUUUUUCCCUGAACACCCAAUGACAAUGUGCAAUUUUGUAUAUAAAUGUCUGUUUGCACUUGUUGUACAGGUUUAUAGGAGGAGAUCUUUGAUUUGAACACUGACCCCAAACUUCUCUUGUUUUUUUUUUGUUUGUUUGUUUGUUUUUUACAUUACAGGAGUUUAAAAUUUCAUUAUUAAACACUUACAUCCCAAUCUGUUUGUAGUCAUUAU